AUGAAUGGACAGUCUUUGGUUGGCGCUGGUGAUGCCCCUAGUGGUCGUCUUUGGAAGGACCCCUGUGGAGAUAAGGCUGGGGAGGCCGCGCUCAGAGGCUUCGCCGGGCUCAGCAUGGCCCCAGCACAGGGGCCCCCGGAUCAGGAGCCAGAGGAAGAGAUAACCAUGGAGGAUAGUCCCACUAUGGUUAAAAUGGACCAGGGUGAAAAUCAGGUUUUACCAAGUCCAAGAAGAAGGUACCUCCCCAAGGCACUUGGCUACGUCACCGGUGAUAUGAAAGAAUUUGCCAGCUGGCUUAAAGACAAACCACAGGUGCUCCAGUUCGUUGAUUGGGUUCUUCGGGGCAUAUCCCAAGUGGUGUUUGUCAGCAACCCCAUCAGUGGAAUCCUGAUUCUGGUGGGACUCCUGGUCCAGAAUCCCUGGUGGGCUCUCAAUGGCUGUGUGGGAACAGUGAUCUCCACCCUGACGGCCCUAUUGCUUGCCCAGGACAGGUCAGCAAUCGCUGCAGGACUCCAGGGCUACAAUGCCACGCUGCUGGGGAUCCUCAUGGCUGUGUUUUCAGACAAGGGCAACUAUUUCUGGUGGCUGUUAUUCCCUGUGUCUGCUAUGUCCAUGACUUGUCCAAUUUUCUCAAGUGCGUUGAACUCCUUGUUCUGCAAAUGGGACCUCCCCGUCUUCACGCUGCCCUUCAACAUGGCAUUAUCAAUGUACUUAUCGGCCACAGGACAUUACAAUCCAUUCUUCCCAGGCAAAUUGUUCAAACCUGUAACCGCGGUUCCCAAUAUCACCUGGCCUGACCUCAGUGCCCUGCAGUUAUUGAAAUCGCUGCCCGUGGGUGUGGGCCAGAUCUAUGGCUGUGAUAACCCGUGGACAGGGGGCAUUUUCCUGGUCGCCCUUCUGCUCUCCUCCCCACUCAUGUGCCUGCAUGCUGCCAUCGGAUCGCUGCUGGGGAUAGCGGCAGGACUCAGUGUUUCGGCACCAUUUGAGAACAUCUACCUUGGACUCUGGGGUUUCAACAGUUCUCUGGCCUGCAUUGCAAUUGGAGGAAUGUUCAUGGCUCUCACCUGGCAAACGCACAUCCUGGCUCUUGCCUGUGCUCUGUUCACGGCCUACCUUGGAGUCAGCCUGUCCCACGUGAUGGCUGUGGCAGGAUUGCCGGCUUGCACCUGGCCCUUCUGUUUGGCCACACUACUGUUCCUCUUGCUGACCACGAAAAAUGCCAACAUCUACAGGAUGCCCCUCAGCAAAGUCACUUAUCCUGAAGAAAACCGCAUCUUCUACCUCCAAGCCAAGAAAAAAAGGAUGGUUGAAAGCCCUUUGUGA